AAUCAAGUCCCUUCGAAUUCUGUGCCAGGCGUUUACGUAAGAGGAAGAACCUCCUUCCGUCGAUUUACCAAAGCCGAAGGCUGCAGUAGAUUUCCAGUGAUCGAGCUCUCGGACGUAAGACUUCCCGGCAGAAGAGGCGCAGCUGCUGCGAUGGCGAGCAUACGAACGAGAGUGGCAAUGUAGAAGAAAUAGUUUCGAGGGCCUUGAAAUCAUUGUAGAUUUUGAAAUCAGGUUUCCGCCCGAAUCGUAAUCUGGUCACGGAAAAAGGCAGAGAUUGUGCACGUCGAGGAAGUAGAUUUAGGAGGCAGGCCAAAGGGUAGAGGGAGAGAUGGGGGACGACGGGGCCCCAGGACUCGAUCAGCUGCCUCACCACCUUCUUCAGAGAAUUUUGCAACUCGGAGAUUUUGCAGCAGCUGAUCUUGCCAGCUUGGAGGCAUCAUGUUACACUUUCAGAGCAGCCACCGGGCUCGGUCCUAUCCGGUUCAAAUCGAUGACAGAGAACACUGCACUUCAAGCUUGUCAAUCCGAUAGUCUGUUCAAGAGGUUGCCACAUUCUCUGCAAUCACAGCUUGCCAUCCGCUGCAAUGGUAACUGGAAAAUGGUGUUGAGAUACCUGAAAGCAUUCCAACAAGCUGUGACUGGUGUGACUACAUACGACGGAAAAGUACAAGUCGUCGCUGGAAAAUAUCUGACUCUUUUUAUCGAUUCGAGAGGAAGUCUCUAUGGUUGUGGGUCGAAUAAGUUUGGAGUUUUAGGUCAAGAGUUAUCGGUAUCCGAGUGCCGAAUUCCUGUGUGCAUACAAGUGCCCGUCCCUGUGUUACAAGUGUCAGCGAGCAGUCAUCAUGUUGCUCUAGUCUCCAGAAACGGAGAGGUUUAUACUUAUGGAGACAAUUCAUCAAAUUGUUUGGGACACGGAGAGAUUGGGGGGCAAUUAUUCCAGCCCAGACUUGUGGAAACCCUCAAAAACAUACCAUGUAAACAGGUGUCUACUGGCCUUAUGUUUACAGCUGCACUCACUCGAGAAGGAGAGGUAUAUACCUGGGGAAGUUCUUCAAAUGGACAGCUAGGGCAUGGUGAUAUGGUCGAUCAGUCCCGUCCAGUUCGGAUCGAGGCCCUAGUAGAUGCCGGUCAUGUCAUCCAGGUUGCCACAGGACCAAGUUUCACAUUCGCUUUGCUCGACUGCGGAAAGCUUUACUCUGUCGGAGGAGGGAACAACUACUGUCUCGGGCACGGGGACUUUUCAAACGAUGCUCAUCCUCGAGAGGUGCUCUUUUUUGACGAGCAGAAGGUUUUCGUAUCGUAUGUCGCUGCUGGAGACGAACAUGCGGUAGCCAUUGAUUCUUCGGGAUAUGUGUACACAUGGGGCAAGGGCUAUUGUGGACCAUUGGGCCAUGGAAACGAAGAGGACCAGGUUAUUCCGAAAUUGGUCGAGAAGCUUCGGGACGUCCGGGCAGUACAGGUCUCCGCAAGGAGGAGAAAGACUUUCGUGGUAACGGACACGAGUGAGCUCUACGGUUUUGGAUGGAUGGGACUCGGCUCUCUGGGUUUGGAGAACAGAGGGACUUCUGAGAAGAUUUUGGAACCCGAGCUUGUUCCCGGGCUGCGCGUAGCGCAAGUGAGCACAGGCAAUUAUCAUACGGUCGCCACGUCCCCCGAGGGAUAUCUCAAGGGCAUUGGAGAUAGCGGCACGUCUCAGUUGAAUUUCAGCGAGAAGUUCUUGUUCAAUACUCAUCUUCUAUAACGGAGUAGACUCGGAUCCCCUGUAUAUCGACUCUGCACUCACUCUAGGGUGAUGUAUAUUGGCCCAGCCGAUGGAAGCGUUAAGAUUUCUCGUGUACAUUAGACCAUCCAGAAGUUCCUCGGCCUUUUAACACUGUCUGACUGCCGAUCAGCAAGAAAACUCGUCAAAAGUUUAGGCGUAGCAGCUGACAGGAGGCUUACUUACCCCUCCUGUCAGCAAUAGGUUCUAGAUCUUCAUUGUUUUCUCCCAUAGAGUUUUAAACAUUUGGCUAGAUCAUAAGUUUUCAGACACGCUCAGUUUAUGCUACACAUUUUUUUGCCAUAGAAAGGCGGCAUGUUGUGGGAUUCGCUCAAAAUCUACUUGAGCCAUCGUCGUUCCCAUCGAUUCAUAUCAUGGUGGCCAAAGAAUAUUUCUCUCAGUGCCCGGCUCAAUAUAGACGUUGUUCCUUUCGAGGACCUUUUCGAAGCCGGUCAUCAGCCGGUGGUUACCAGCUUUCUCAAAGCUAGUGUCCAGGCUGAUGGAAGAACUGAUGACAUGGGAGCAGGAACCGUCCGGUCAGACGGUCACAUGGAUCCAUGGAUACAAAGGUGAUGUACCUCGAGGUCGAUCCAUUCAAUGAACCCGCAGUCAAUGAACGGACCUCGAAGGUGCACUGUCAACCACUCCCCUACACUGUUCUUCACUGGUUUGGCUCCAUAGGUCCUGCAACAGAAACUGAUAGAGACUAAGACGUGGAUUGUAUCGAUGACAUCUGAGGGAUUGGUUAGUCCUAGGGCCCGGAUAGAUAUAGGUACGUGUUGGAAAGAGCACAUGCCACGCGAAGAUUGUGUUGUUGAUUCUAGCUGGUUUCAAAUUGGAUACAGAUAACAUUUUUUAAAAUAUUGGACUUGAAUUCUUGUGCGUGACGUCUCUAGUCAUGGUGAUCGACGAGAAAGAUGUGAACGUGUAUAUUUCCUCAUCUCUGUCGA